AUGGCAGCUUUAAAUCUUGCAACAGUCACAUCAACACCUGCCGCGACGCCGCCUCAACCGAAACCAAAUGCCCUUACAGCUGAUUGGACUCUGGGAUGCAGAUCUGAGACCGACAGCCAGAGCUCUAGAGACGACGAGGCAGCUGAAAGUACCAGCGAGAUAGCAAUGUCGGCGUUUACAGAUGCCAUGGAGAAACUUAACCCGGUAGCAACCGGUGCUGGCCGUGUCAUUCCCUUGACCUUUCAGCUGAAAAGUACAUGGGAGGAGGCAAAAGAACACGAGAAAGAGAUUUGCAUUGGCAAGGCUACUGAAGCUUGUACUCUCGUUUGUGACAUCAUAGCGCCGAAGGCUGGACAACAGCUAUUUCAGGCCUGUUUUACACCAGAUAAAGGGACUAGCUACUUAGACCUUGUACCGUUGAUGCAAGCCUACAGCAACGCCAUGACGAGUACCUUGAAGACCCAAAUUCUAAGCCUAUAUGCGUAUCGAUAUCCAGUGAAGACACUUCCGAAAAUCCACGAGCCAUACUCAAAGUUAAGCGAGUGGCAAAUUAGACGCGCUAGAGCUCAUGUAAGAGGGUGUGGUCCAGGUUCUAUGGUCGAAAAGUCCUCGUGUCAUUGAGUUCGAUUGCCACCAAUAAAGCUUGACCAUUUCUUAGACUUCGCGAAUCGCCCGUACUUUUAUCAAGACGUAUCAUUUAGUACGAGGAAACUGAGGCUCAGCAGUGGCGAGAAGAUCACAAUGCCAAAUGUCAUUCGCAAAGUCACAAGGUCAACAAUGGUCAAGCAGUACCUUCAGUUCUGCGAAGAGGAACAGUUUGAACCACUUGGCCGUUCAACCCUAUUUCUCAUCCUCGAGGUAAGGGAAGCCUCUCAACAGAAGUCCCUUAGCGGCCUGGAUAACACAGCAGCUGACGGGUCGGCGGGGUUCGCGCAACUCCUCCGGAUAGUGGGCGAGCUUGAUCAGAUUGGGCUCGCAAAGAACGUGGCAGACGAACUGCGGAGAGCCCUCAGCGAGGGUAAAAUGUACCUCAAAACCCAGUUUCAGAGUCACUGCCAGGAAGAUGAGAGCGAAUGUCCCAACCACUGUCGUAAGUUUGGUCUCAGCGAUCCAAACGAUCCAGAUUUCCAGGAACAAUGCUCACAUCAACACACGCUUCUCUGCCCACAAUACGACGAGAUUACUUCCGUUUUGCAGAAUAUGCAACAGAUUGUUAAGGAUAACAAAACCUUAAGUUUUUACAGCGAGGACCAAAAAAAUGACUUGUUGUACGACAUCCAGAAAUCUUCGGAGGCUAUCGUCCAGUGGAAAGCUCACAUUAUGAGAUCCGUGAAUCAGGAAUGUGCAAAGCAAGAUAUUAUCGCAAAGCUUGACCAGACUUCGUGUCUUCUUGUUAUAGAUUGGGCCAUGAAGUUUCUGCAGCUGCGCUAUAGAGAGAAGCAAAGUGACUGGUGCGGAAAAAGAGGGUUAAGUUGGCACAUUAGUAGCGUUGUGUCUCGAAGCAAGUCUAACACGACGGAAGUCAUCUCGUACGCUCACCUCUUUGAUCAGUGUACUCAGGACUGGUAUGCAGUUAAGUCAAUUCUCGAAGAUCUUCUAAAGCAGCUGAAAGUAAAGAAUCCUUUGCUGCAGAAAGUCCAUCUAAGGUCAGAUGAAGCCGGUUGCUAUCAAAACAGCUCCCUAGUAGCCGCUGUAAGAGAUGUCACAAAAGGAGUUGGGGUUGAAGUUCAUAGUUAUGACUACUCGGAGCCGCAGUCUGGUAAAGACAUUUGCGAUCGUAUCCUCUGUCCAAUGAAGUCCUCUAUUCGUGCUUACUGCAACGAAAGGCGCAAUGUUCUAACUGCCGUGGACAUGGGAGAUGCAUUGACGCAACACCCAGUGAAGGGAACAACAGCUGCAGUGAGCAUAGUCGACGAAUCAUAG